AACUUGAUGAUUACCAGGAACGAAUGAACAAGGGAGAACGUCUGAAUCAAGAUCAACUGGAUGCGGUGUCAAAAUACCAGGAAGUGACAAAUAAUCUGGAAUUUGCUAAAGAACUGCAGAGGAGUUUUAUGGCUCUGAGCCAGGAUAUCCAGAAAACAAUAAAGAAGACAGCUCGCCGGGAGCAACUGAUGCGUGAAGAAGCUGAGCAGAAGCGUUUAAAGACUGUACUAGAGCUGCAGUUUAUUUUGGACAAGUUGGGUGAUGAUGAAGUGCGCAACGACUUGAAACAAGGAUCGAACGGAGUCCCAGUACUGACGGAGGAGGAACUGACAACGCUGGAUGAGUUUUAUAAGCUAGUUUACCCUGAAAGAGACAUGAAUGUGAGGUUGAAUGAGCAGUAUGAGCAAGCAUCUGUUCACCUGUGGGACUUACUGGAAGGGAAGGAAAAAACAGUUUGUGGAACAACCUAUAAAGCGCUAAAGGAGAUGGUUGAACGUAUUCUUCAAACUAGUUACUUUGAUAGCACCCAUAACCAUCAGAACGGAUUAUGUGAGGAAGAAGAGGCAGCACCCGCACCUGCAGUAGAAGACACUGUAGCCGAAGCUGAACCUGAUCCAGCAGAAGAAUUUACUGAACCAACUGAAGUUGAAUCAACUGAGUAUGUAAACAGACAAUUCAUGGCAGAGACUCAGUUCAGCAGUAGUGAGAAGGAACAGGUAGAUGAGUGGACAGUUGAAACGGUUGAGGUUGUAAAUUCGCUGCAGCAACAGACACAAGCUACAUCUCCUCCAGUUCCUGAACCUCACACGCUUACUACCGUGGCUCAAGCAGAUCCUCUUGUUAGAAGACAGCGAGUACAGGACCUUAUGGCGCAGAUGCAGGGCCCGUAUAACUUCAUGCAGGACUCUAUGCUGGAGUUUGAGAACCAAACACUUGAUCCUGCCAUUGUGUCUGCGCAGCCCAUGAAUCCAGCACAGAAUUUGGACAUGCCACAAAUGGUUUGCCCUCCAGUUCAUGCUGAGUCAAGACUUGCCCAGCCUAACCAAGUUACUGUGCAACCAGAAGCUACACAGGUUCCCUUGGUUUCUUCUACAAGUGAGGGAUAUACAGCCUCCCAACCCAUGUAUCAGCCUUCUCACACAACAGAGCAACGGCCACAGAAAGAAUCGAUUGACCAGAUCCAGGCUUCAAUGUCACUGAAUGCAGACCAGACCCCGUCAUCUUCAUCACUUCCCACUGCAUCCCAGCCACAAGUGUUCCAGGCUGGAUCUAGCAAACCUUUGCAUAGCAGCGGAAUCAAUGUUAAUGCAGCUCCAUUCCAGUCCAUGCAGACAGUAUUCAACAUGAAUGCACCUGUUCCUCCUGUUAAUGAGCCAGAAACCCUUAAGCAGCAAAAUCAGUACCAGGCCAGUUACAACCAGAGUUUCUCCAGUCAGCCUCACCAAGUAGAACAAUCAGAUCUUCAGCAAGAACAACUGCAGACAGUGGUUGGCACUUACCAUGGUUCCCCGGACCAGACUCAUCAAGUGGCGGGUAACCACCAGCAACCUCCCCAGCAGAAUACUGGAUUUCCGCGUAACAGUCAGCCUUAUUAUAACAGUCGAGGAGUGUCUCGUGGUGGAUCACGUGGGGCUCGUGGCUUAAUGAACGGUUACAGGGGACCGGCAAAUGGAUUUAGAGGAGGAUACGAUGGCUACCGUCCUUCCUUUUCCAACACUCCAAACAGUGGUUACACGCAGCCUCAAUUUAAUGCUCCUCGGGAUUAUUCAAACUACCAACGGGAUGGGUAUCAACAGAAUUUCAAACGUGGCUCUGGACAAAGUGGACCUCGGGGAGCUCCUAGAGGUAAUUCUGGAGUAGUGAAUAAUUCAUUUGGGCUGAAUGGAGUUUUUUGA